GCCUUGGGACCACAAGAGGGGAGGCGGGGUCCUUCUCUGGGGCGGUCGCGCAGGCAGCGGCUGCGGGAAGCUGGACACCAGCAUCAUGUAUUAUAAAUUUAGUGGAUUCACGCAGAAAUUAACUGGAGCAUGGGCUUCGGAAGCCUACAGCCCGCAGGGAUUAAGGCCAGUGGUUUCCACAGAAGCACCACCUAUCAUAUUUGCCACACCAACUAAACUGACCUCUAGUCCCACUGGUUAUGAUUAUGCGAGGAAGAACAAGGUUCCAGAGCUACAGAAGUUUUUCCAGAAAUCUGAUGGCGUGCCCGUCCAUCUGAAACGAGGCCUUCCUGACCAAAUGCUUUACCGGACCACGAUGGCGCUGACUGUGGGAGGGACCAUCUACUGCCUGAUUGCCCUCUAUAUGGCUUCACAGCCCAAAAACAAAUAAGUUAGGCUACAGAGGACUGUGUUGUUUUUUUUUUUUUUUUGCAUAAACCUUUUGAAAUUUCAUUGCCCCCCCCCACUUGGAUGAUUUACUUAACAUUUUUUCAAAAAAUAAGAAAGAGAAAGAUAUGAAGACAAUAUUUUGGUUUGCUUAUGAAAUGCAUAUGGCCUGUCAGAUGUCAGGCUCAUUUGACAGUUAAAACUAUUGUUUAAAGACACACACUGCACUGUGUUUUGGAGCUCCUGAUUUCCCUGGAGGUUCUGGAUGAAGGUUGCACACAGGCUCAUUAACAUAAGUCUGUGCUGAGGUCCUCUGGGACUUGGGAAUGCAUUUUUAAGCAUGGAGCACAGAAGCCUUUCUGGAUUUGGAUGUGACUGAGAAUGGAAGAUGGAAUCUAAGGCCAGGUGCAUGAAAUGAGGGGUUUGAGUCAGUAGUCACCUUGGGAAUUUUUCCAUCUUACAGCAAAAUGUUAAUAGCAAUUAUUUGCAGCCUGCCUGUAUUCAUUGGGCAGUUUAUUUCAAAGGGUUAUAUGCCUCAUCCCAGAUCUUUAGUGAAAUUUUAUGUGUAAUUGUUGUGUACUCCAUCACGGGAACAGAGAAUACCUGUUUAGUGUUGCACUUGAGAUUGGUGUCUGUCUUGUUAAUGCAUCUGUGCCACAAAUUCUACUUUAUCUUUUAAAGACUUGUUAUGGCUUUAAAUUAUGGUUUAUUUUGACUAUGGAAUAAAUAUGUGAAUGAAAAAUUA